AUGGCCCAGUCUUACGGCGGCCGGGUGCUGGCUGCGAUGACCCUGCUGGGCGUCCCCGCGGCGGUGCUGGCGGUGCUGGGCGCGCAGCUGCUGUUCCAGCUGCAGGCGGGUCGUGCGGAGCUGCGGGGCGCACGCUCCGACGGGCUGGGCCCGGAGUUGGGCGCCGGCGCGGGGCUCCCGGAGGACUCGGCCGGGGCGCUGCUGCCGCUGGCAGCCUCGCUGGCCGCGCUGGCCCUGGUGCUGGGCCUCACCUGUCUGCUGCUUGCCGCGCUCUGCGGCCACCUGGGCGCUGAGCUGGCGAGGGGGCGCGGCCCCAGCAGGUCUGACUGGUUUCUCUAUGAUCGUCGUCUCCUCAGACACACGGCCCUUGGCCUCUUCUGCUGUGGGGUCUCUGUCUACUUAGCAGCCCUGUCCAUCUACGCCUUGCUGCUCUUUGAGAUUGAGACAGGAGCAGCAGCUGCCGCCAUCCUUGGCUCAGGUGCCCUGGUCCUGGUGGCCGCACUGACUCACACUCUGCUCCGGGCCACCAGGGCUACGCGCCGUGGCCUCCAUGAGCUGACCCUGCCACACUGUGAAGAUGACCCUGUGGGCCCCGUUGAAGUCGCCAAGGCCACCCCCACGGCUCAGUCCCAACAGGGUAUCCACCGCCAGAUCCCUUACACUUCCUCUCCGGAACCCAGGGAUCCUCUCCGACCCACAUUUGCUACAGUGGAAUCUGCAGUUCUGGGGGGAGGUCUGGAAAGCAGCCUGCCUACACCCCACAAGCACCGGACACUGCCAGCCAGUGGGGGGCGCUGGGAAGGGGUCACCCAGGAGAUGCGAAGCAUGCUGGGCCACAGGUCUGGGAGCUCAGAGAGGGAAUCCACACUGGUGUGA